AUGGCGCGCUCCGCAAAUCUCGGGCGGUGCGUUGGAAGUCUCGCGAGAGGAGCGGGGGGGGGCGUUGUAACGGCGGAGUGUGGGGCCGGGGGGUGAUGCCGUCCCACCCGCUGCCCCCAGAGCUCGUCCCCCCCCUCGACUUCUCCUUCCAGCCCCUUCAGUCCCUGCAGGAUCUGUGUCCCGACGCCGCCCCAUCUCCCACCGUCGCCGUCCGGUUCCCGUACACGGGGCUCCGUUCCCUGGCCGGGCUCCAUCCCACGUUACAGCGGCUGCUGUUACACCCCGCCCGGCUGCGGUGGCUCGACCUGGCGUGUAACCGGCUGAGCUGCAUCGAGCCCGUGCUGAGCACCCUGUUGGGGCUGCAGAGCCUGAACCUGCACGGGAACAACAUCCGGGACCUGAGCGAGGUGCAGAAACUGCGGCCACUGAGUGAACUGCGGCGCCUGACCCUGAACGGGAACCCGAUGGAGGAGGAGCCGGGGUACAGACGCUACGUUCUGGCCGCGCUGCCCCAGUUGAACUCGCUGGAUUUCAGUGCGGUGACGGAGCAGGAACGAAGGGACGCGGCUGUUUGGGGGCGGGCACAGGGCAGGAACCGGCCCCAUAGAGAACAAUAGGGACAGGUAAUGGACGACCCCACAGACCCCAUAGAACACAGAGGAGCCGCUGUGGGGCCACAAACCCCAUAGAACAGAGAGGAGCCCAAUGUGUGGGGCUGGAUGUGUGUGAGUUUAUGUGGGACGGUGAAUUAAAAGCAACUGAACCCCCCCAAAAA